AUGAAGAAGUUUUUCAAAAAGAUAACAAAAAACCCUGGCAAAGAUCCUGCUCCUCCAGGGUCUCCACGUUUAGGUGCUGGUGCCCAACCGAUACCAGAGGUUGGAUAUGAUAUUCGUGAUAAGGAUUUACCAAAAUUACACAAGGCAGCAUGGACGGGGGACAUAGCGAAAGUGAAGCAAUAUGUGAAAAAAGAUUGCAGUGCUCUUGAUAAAGAAAACAGGACUGCUCUCCAUUUGGCAUGUGCACAGGGUCACUCAAGUGUGGUACAGGAGCUACUGGAAUGGCAUGCCAAGACCAAUGUUGGUGACAAUGACAGUAAAACUCCACUCAUCAAGGCAGUGGAAUGUAACCGAGAGGAAUGUGUGAUGCUGCUGCUGGAGCAUCGUGGAGACGUAGAUGCAACAGACCGCGAUGGUGACACUAGCCUCCACAUCGCUGUCCGUUAUGGCUACACCAAUAUUGUCAAAGUCCUCCUCCGCAAUGGUGCCACUAUCGACAAAAAGAACAAGGAGGGCUGUACACCUCUACAUCUUGCAUGUAAGGGCAAGAAACCAGAGAUUAUAAGAAUACUGUUGUUUGACAACAAAGCCUCUGUGGAUGUGUCUGAUGUCAAUGGCAGGACUCCCCUAAUGCUGGCCAGCUAUGAUGGAUCAGUGACCGCUGUCCAGCUCCUUCUCCAGUGUCAUGCUGACACAAUGAUCAAGGACACCAAAGGCUUUACAGCAGAAGACAUAGCAAUGAUGACAGCCCAACAUGGAUGUUCUCAGUUGAUCCGUGACCACAACAUGAAGCUACGUCGGUCUGUAAGUGGAGCAAGCAGUACAAAUACUACCCCACGUUCAUCUAUGGGCAUACCCACAAGUGCCACAGCCACACCACGGGACAACACCAUCACUCCGGAGUUUGGAUUACCCAUACAACAACAAUCAGAUGAUGAAUCAGGAGAUGAGGAUGUAAGCAAACUAUCGACUGGCGGAGAUUUCGACCACUCCUGGGGGGACGACACAGACAUGAGUCUGUCUAUGGGCGAUAAGAAGGGCAAGGACCUACCCAAGAUAAAUCUUGCUCAGGCUCUGACGAAGUCUUUACCACGGGACAACAUCGGUGAUGAUGGCGGAGGGGAUGAGGGUGGUGCCCGUGGCAUGCCAUCACCUCGCACUCCUGUGUCCAAACAGGAUUCCAAUAAGUCACUCCACUCACAGACAUCUGUUGAAGACAAUUGGUCAGAUGAUGAAAUGUCACAAAAUCUGAGUCGCAAGUCCAACACGCCCCGCGUCACCUGGAAGGAGGGAAACCAGCUGUCGGAGAUGCAUGUUAUUACAGGAGAUGAAGCAGAAACAACAGAUGAUGAUGAUUGCAAAGUUACAGCAAAGAAACGUCAGAAAUUGGACCAAGGAGGUCAAGAAUAUUCACAGGGUAUGGAGCAAGGUUACACCCCCACAGUAGCUGUGUCGGACAAGCCCAGCAUUCCAAUCACCCCAGAGCAACACAAAGAAUCAGGGGAUUUGAGAGCAUCAAAAGCUGUCCCAGAGGUCAAAGUUACCCUGAUGCAGGACCUUGGCUUGAGUGAUGUGUCAGAUACUGACAGUGACGGGGAUGUUGAAUUCCCCAGUGAGGUGUCCGACCAUUUGUUGGACAACAAAGUUCCACUCCAACCACAGGUGAUGUCCACACUGGUCAAACAGUCUGUUGUAGACAGGAAUGAUGAGGGGGAACUUGAUUCCAUGGCGAACUCAGAACACCUCACUCCACGUCCGGGCAUACUAAAGAACUGGAAACAGCACAGUAAGGAACAGGCAGAACAGAACAAGGCACAGCUUUCACAUCGGUCUGAUGAUGUUUCAGAGUGGGACAGCGAUUUGGAAAACGAAUUGGACCCUGAAAAAUCAAUAUCUGGAAAUGAGAACAGUAACUGGGACUCAUCAGCUGAUGUAAGCACCCCCAGAAACCCGGUUAUAACUCAGACUGUGGCCAACUACCUUCCGCGGGGAGAUGAUGAGGAGGAGGAAGAUGACAAAGAUGAUGUGGAUGAGUUGGACUUUGUACAGGAAGUUCCUUUGGAGACUGUCAAUGCAGCUAUACAGGAGGCUGCAGCACUGGACGCUGUGUCUGUAGGGACAGUAGACAGUAACCAGUCUGCUGGCACGUCGGGGUCUAAACCAGAAACUGUUCGAGAGAACUUACAGAAGACAGGAGCUGUUAAGGAUCAAGAUGAUGACUCAGAGUGGGAUUCAGAGGAUGAUGUCAUGUCAGAAGAGAGGAACUCAAACACACCAGUGCAAAAACGGAACCACCCCCUCCCCAACGAUCCCACCUCUCCCCGGUCAGUACAGGAGGAUUCUGAUGAAGAGGAAACAGAAGAAAUCAGUGAAUGGGAGAUUGAAAGACAAAGGGAAAAGGCAGAGCGCCAGAGGUUGGAGGAGGAGGCAGAGCAACUGAAGGAAGAAGAAAGAAGAAGACAACUGGAGUGGGAGGAAGAUGAGAGAAGACGAGAGGAACAUCAGAGGAAGCUGGCAGAGCAGGAGGAGGAAGACUUUGACAUGAAAUUAGAGGAAGAAGAGAUGGAAGAAGAGCUGAGACAAGAGGAGGAGAGGAGACAGGAGGAAGAGAGGAGACGACAAGAAGAGGAGGAGAAAGCAGCAAAAGAGGCACUGCAGAGAGAGAGAGUUGUUCCGAUGAGGGAGGUAGAACAUAAACAAAUAGAUCUACACCAGCUCAAACAGCUCCGACUCAAUCAGGAGGCUGAGAGGAGACAGCAAUACUUUCAAAACUUGGAUGAUGUCAGCUCUGAUGAGGAUUUUGAUGAUGAUCCCAAUGCUAGCCCUGUCCUACCACCUGCCCCUGCCCCCACCAUGACCUCCCCUAAACGGGAAACUCAACCAAGUUCCUCCACUACUCCUGUUAUUACCCCUACUAGAAUGUUCCAAGUAUCCUCUCAACGAAAUGCUCCUGAGAAGGAAGAAGUGAAAAAUAUCCAGAAGGUAGAAGAGAUCAAAAAGGAGGUGAAAGAAGAGAUGAUAGUACACUCAGUGAAAUCUCCUAGUCUCCACUUCUCCCCAGUACCCACCCCCACCAAGGAGAUGGUGCGUCAAAAGGGACCUGAGGCGACUAAACCCCCUGAGAUCCCUGCACACCCACCUCCACCCCAAUUCACUUCAGUGUCCCCUCCUACAAGGAGUGAGGCACUUCCCCAGCACAAAUCCCCUACCUCCCGACCUUCACCUACCAAUCCAACCCGCCUCAAAAUGUCGCUCCAAAGUGAUGGCAACAGUAUAGACGAUGAUGACAGUGAUCUUGAACCUGACAGGUCGGACAUGGGGACGUAUCUGAAGAAUCUGCCCACAUCCUACAGCUACGCCCCCUACAAAGGUCUCGACCUCCCUGACGACGACAUGCUGUCUUUCACCUCCACAGAGAAUGGUGAAAACUCGACAUACACCAACACCAACAUCCCUUACAGCAAGGAUGUUCUUGCCAAUAUGAAUCUCAGUGAUCCUAACACCGUGAUAAAGCUUCAGGACCACCUCCGAGAUCAGAGGAAGAUGUUAGAUCAGGAAAGGAACCAGCGACUCACAAUGGAGAGCAAGCAUAAAUCACUGUCCAAGGAACGCAAUGAAAUGCAGAAGAAGAUAGACACACUGAACCAGCAACGUACAUCACUGGAGCAAGCUAAACUUGACCUGGAGCAGAGGAUCAGGACCCUGGAGUACAGCCUCAAUGAAGAGGUAGAGAUGAGGAAGAAUGCUGACAUCCUCCUCAACAAGACCAAGGAGCAAUUGGCCAGAAAGGAAGAACAGUAUACAAGUGAGAUGGAAGGGCGACAGAAAGCAGAACUCCAGAUCAGGAACAUGCAGAUGGAGAUCAGAACUGCCACCAGUGCCCUGAAACAGCUUGAGGAUGAGAAAGAGACACUGACACGUCAGUACCAACAUGAGAAGAAUGCUCGUCAGCUUCAGGAACAUCUUAAUGAGGAACAACAGAAACUGCAGCAGCAACUACACACCGAACAGGUCAAGGCCGCCACUCAAAAGUCUGAUGCAGAGAAUCGGCUGGAAGUUGCUGAUGAAGACAGGAAGUACACCCAUGAUCAUUUAGAAAAAGCUCGUGCAGAACUUAGUGCUAUGAAGUUGGAGAUUGACAGACAGAGGUCAAGGUUCAAGGAUGAGAAUGCACUGCUUUCAUCAGAAAAUGAGGAGCUGCAACGAAAGAUUGAGGACUUGAAGACUGAAAUUAAGUUGAAUGAGGAUGCCCUGGCUCAUGCCACAGUCCAGUAUAACCUCCAGAUUAGCAACAGUCGCAGUGAGGUCAAUGUCCUUAAUGGUGUGGUGGAGCGUGAACGUCUGGCCAGGGAGAAGGGCGAGGCACAGUUGGAAUCAGCCAAAAACAGACUGCAUACUGCUGCUAUGGAACUGGAGAAGAGUGAGCAAGCCAGGAAUGAACUGGAAAGGCGAUACCAGGAUGACAAAGAAAACUGGGAGGUCACCAAGGACCAGAAACAGCGGGAACUCCAGGAUCUACAGGAACAAAAUCAAACUGUGGUUAGGAGGAGUCAUGCCAUCGAGGCCAAGCUCACCUCAGUGGAAAAUGAGUUCCAUAUAGUUAGUGCUAAUCUAAUGGAGAAGUCUAACCUGUAUAACCAGACUGCCAAAGAUCUACAAUACUACAAAAGUGCUCAGGAAAGCUACGACCAAAAUUACCAGGUGGAAAAGGAACAUAAUGUGAAACUUUCGGCCAAGAUUGAAAAUCUUCAAGAAAAGAAUACAACCCUACAGCAUGAUAAUUUGAGUCUGAAACAACAGCUAGAGACAUCCCAGCAGGCCUUGGCUGACCGAGCUGCAGACACAGGGCAGGAGAGAUUCACCACAAUUCUAGCUUCACUUAAAGCUGAACAAGACAAGUCACGUUUGGCUUUGGAGGAGAGGAAUUCAUCCCUCACAGAAACGACAUCACGUCUCAGGGAAGAGGUGCGUAAUUCAGACGCCCGGCGCUCACAACUAGAGCAAGAGCUCAACCGGAUGAAUCGUGACUACAAUGAUCUCAUCAGGAAACUUUCUGUGGCUGAGGCAUCCCUAGAAAUGGCUCAAAAGUCGAAGGAGUCCCUGGAGCAGGAGAGGGGACAACUGAAGCUAGAGGUAGACAGAUUACACCAGAAGUACGAGAUGGCCCAUGAGAAAUCUAUCGAGUCCCAGGCUCGAAUCACAGAGAUGGUAGAUAGACUUGAAAGAUCAGAACAGAACAACCUGUACAGCAGUCAGCAAAUCUUAAACAACUCAGCCAACAUGGAGGCUUUCUCAAGGACAAAGGAAGAGCUUGAGGACAGCUUGCAGAAGAUACAAGUUGAUAAUGUCAAACUACAGGCGGAAUUGUCACAUGAGAAACAGCGUGCAGAGAUGUUAUAUAAAGACUUACAAGACUCUCAGAGGGUGCGUAGCAGUCUAGAGGAACUGUGUUCAAAUCUCAAGUCUUCCAAGGCCCAACUGGAGGACAAGCUCGGGAUGGAGUCUGUUACUCGCAACAUGAUGACACAGGAAGCUGAAAACAACAAGGAAUUGUGGGAGUCAGAGGUUGUGUCUCGCUCUAAACUUGGUCUGCGGAUUGUACAGUAUGAGAGACAGAGACAGGAUGCUGUUGGCCAACUAGAGGAGGAGAAGAGAAAGUGCAGAAAAGCAAUGGAACUAAAGAAAUCAUCAGAGGCCAAGUAUGAAGCCGAGCAUGAAAAGAAUGUCCAACUACAGACAGAGAUUGCUAGUCUUAAAUCAUAUCUGAAAUCGGCCAAAAAGAGGUUAAAGACUGUAGACAACUCGGAUAAUCGCAUUAAUACACUACACUCAGACUUCGACCAGGAGAGGUUAGCGAUGGAGGGAACACUGUCUACAGUCAGAAGACAGCUAAGUGAGCUCCAACAACAGGUUGAGGAGGAGGUGGACAGUAAGUCCAAGCUCCAGGCCAAGAAUCUACAGCUGCAGAGUGAGCUUGGCUCUCUGAAACGAUUACAGAAGAGUGUAGAAAAACUUGAGAAAAGCAAGACGAAGAUGGAGCAGGAGCAUGCAGCAUACAAGAGUCGAGUGGAGAAUGGGUAUGUGGAGAGGGAGGAGCUUGAACAAGUCAGAAAGGAAAUAGAGGCACGCUACCGACUUGAGCUCAAUCGCAAGCUUGACGAGGUGAACAGUUACCUGGAGGAGCAGGCCCGCUCUCGUGAAAAACUGGACAACUCUCGGGAUGAAACUGACUCCAAACUGAAACAAAUCAACAGAAAGUUACAGGAGGAGACAACUGCAUUAAGAAUUAAAUACGAACAGAUUCUUGCCCAGAAGGAGAGUAAAGAAAUGGAAGCGAAACGUUAUCGUGACCUUUACGAGAGUGAGAUGCAGUGGAGGAUGCGCCUGAGUGAGCAGCUGAUGAAAUCAACAGACCGUGCCUUCAAUUACAAAACAAAGUUAGUUGCAGAAAGACAGAAAUCUCGCCUGUAUAACAGUACUGGAGGCAACAUGUCAUUUUCGGGAGUAUUGAAUGGUCAGCUCCUGGAUUCAACACGAUUCUCUGGAACUGGAGAUGAUAUACUGGGCAACAAAUUAAAGGCCGAACUUGACCGCAGCAUUGCCAAACACCUAGAAGCAGGUCCCCAUGACAACAUCAAGCCAUUAAUAUCUAAUGUGGAGGAUCAUGCUGUCAGCUCCUCAUUUGCCAAAUCGAACUCUGACUAUCUAGAGCUGCUGAAGAGGAAGUACUGUGUGUAGGAUUUCACAGCUUGUUAUAUUCUCUAUAAACCUUUCCCAGCAUUACAGUGCCAUUAUCAGAGGUACUUUGUCAUACAUGAUAGUACAAACAUCGCUAUCCAGAUCCUCCUUAUGGCAAAGAGGCCAUAUUGUGAAUCGUCGAUUACCAAUGCCAGUGGAGGAGAGUACAUCAAAAAAGUCUUGUGAUAUUUACAUAAUACAUUUCCAUCUACAGAGCAUGUCAUCAAAAACUGUCCUGGGCUGUCAGGUGCCAUCAUAGGAUACUCAGCUCAGUUGUGAGCACCAAUUAUAAGUAGUAAAGACAUUAGUGCAGCGGUAGACAAAGAUAACCCUAAUGUGUAAAUAGUAUAACAUUACACAGAUUUGUAGCCAAUUUACUGUUAUCCAUUAAUAUUAUACAUUAUAACAGUUCCACAGAAAACCUCUUCAUUUGAUGAUUUCGUAAAGGUCUCUUCCUUUGUUAUCAGCCUGGGGAUCUUAUUUUCGAGUCACAACUUACCUUUCACAUUUUGAUUAUUUCUUUGUUUUUCGUGAAGUGUUAAAGGUUUUCUUCUCAAAUUUAGGGGUUUUCUGAUAGCCAUACGAUACCGACUAGAGUGACGAGGCUAGCAGGUACCUUUGUAUAAGAUGUGUGGUUAUUAACAGCAUUUCACUUAAUAAUCAGGAGUCUUCUGAUACUGCUACUAUGCAAGAGUAUAUGCAAUUCUUGUGAUGGUACUCGUUUUGUUCGCAAUAUUAACAGACCUGAAAUGGAAGAUGUUAUUUCUCUGUUAAGUUUAUGAUAAGAUUUAGUGCCAGAUUUCAGUUAUGUACAUGAAGUUGUUGUGUCGAUUAUCCGUCCAUCCACUGGUUUUAUCUACUAGUUUUAUUUUAAUGGUGGUCAGUCAUGUAGGUGAUAGUUUUAUGGUAUACUUACAUAUCACAUUUUAUCGUUGGAAAGCCUCUAUGUUUGUGUAUCUGGAGUAAUCUACAGAGAUUUUGGUUGUUGGAUUGAUGUAAAGAUUAAUCAGUUCCGUCCCCAGUCAACAAACCCAGAUAAGAAAUUUUAUUUUAUUGUAUACAAUGGUUGUAAAUUCACCUUUGUGAAUUGCACAAGACUAAUUCUUCUGAAAGUACGAAUUCUUGUGUAUUUUGCCGUCCAAACAAGUGAUAAUUUGGGAAAUGAGAUUGAAAUUUGAUUGUGAAGAUGUAAAACUGAAAGGUCUGUUUAUAUGGAUGAUUGAAUUGUUCUAUGCCGUCCGCAUUGAGACAGUGUUAUACACAGUAAUGCUGUAGAGGAUCCUGUAUCAUUCAGCUCACUUUGAUCACUA